AUGGACCACAAUGGCAAACCAUCCUAUGGUACUUCUCCUGGUAGUACAGCUAGUCCCCGCGACCUUUUGGUAGAGUCUUCUCCUCGUGUGGUGGUUGGCACCAACAACCGAACGAGUCGCAUGGCAUUGCGACAGGCACUACAAGACCACAGUACGACGCAAACGCGAGACUGGGAGAAACUUCAACAAGAGACCAAAGCGCAAUUGGACAAACUAUCGCAGGAAACGGCUCAAGCCACUCAAAAGACAGCACAGUCAUCCGAAGAGCAAGUGGCUCAAUUGAAGCAACAACUAGAAGCCUUACAGCAGCAAUACACAACUGACAUUCAGGCAUUGAAACAGCAACUAUCAGUACAGACUCCACCAGUUGGAACUACUACUACUCAACCUCAACUUACCCUUCCUCUGCCAGACACGGCACAAGCUAUAACAGCUCCAGCACCAGAACCACCAUUAAUGCCCACGACGGCCAAUAAUAAUAAGACACCACCACCGACCAGCACGGAAACCAAUUCUCCCUACGCAUAUGUGUUGAUGAAUUGGAAAUUGAAUCCAACCAAAUCCUUCAAAUACCGCGCCUACUUGUCCAAUAUGCUACUCACGGCCAAAAUCUUACGAACGCAUGGUUCCACCGCCGACAUUGUCGCUAUUUUUCGAUUCGACAAUAUCGUCAUUGACGAACGCUUGCCCGCACAAGAUGAAGCCUUACUGCAUGCUCUGGGCAUUAAAAUUCGCUAUUUGCCCAUGGAAACACCGUACGAUUUCAAUUCGCGAAGGGACACCAAAUAUUUGCGCAAAUUUCAUACCUACAGUAUGAUCGAAUACCGUCGGGUCCUCGUCUUGGAUGGCGAUUUACUUCCCAUUACCAAUCUCGAUUAUCUCUUUGAAUUGUCCGAUGCCGAAUAUCAUCCCGACAAGCACAUUCCCGUCAGUGCACAACUCAAACCGUACGUGGUCAUUGCCGGCAUUAAUGAACCCAGCAAUGGAGGAUUCUUUUUGGCGACACCCAAUAUGGACUAUUACAAUCGCGUACAAGAAUUGAUUCAAACCAAUUGGGAAACGGCCGGAAUCAUUCCCAAAUUUGAUCGGGUCAAUGGAUGGGGACAUCCGUUUCAUGUAGCAGAAGGAGACAAGUGGGAACACAAUAUUGGUGAUGGAACACGAUGGGAUUUUUUGGGAGCUUGGUGCGAUCAAGGACUGCACUAUCAUAUGACCAAAUACGAAAUUCAAAAUGUCACACAACUAUUUGCCCGCAAAAUUGUUCAUUGGGGGAAAGCACCCAAUAAUGGAACUACCAUUGCCGAACAGGUCAUUCCCGUCACAUCCAGAUUGCAAAGUCCCCUCGUCAACUAUUCCAAAGUUCAAUACAACAUUUUCCCUUCGGAAUGUGGCAAAUGGACGGGAAAACGCAAGGGGAAUUGGCCCGGCUGCGUUCCACCCUAUUCGGACUUUGAACACUUUUCCGGCAAGGGCAAAGCGUGGACCAUGAAAGUACCCGAGGAUAUUUGGGACGACAUGGACACGCAGCCCAAAUCGACACGACACUUGUGGUGGCAGGUACUCUAUCAACUCAAAGUGGAAGAUGGAUUGGAUAUUCUGCCACUCUUGGACGCCAUCAAUCCGGACACGGAUUGGGAGCAGGCCCUCUUGAAGGGACCACCGCCGAAAGCCGACAAGACAGAAACGGGGUAA